AUGGGCCCACUGGGCGCCGGUCAACGGAGACCAUCUCGUUCACCCCGCAGUCAACGAAGCCGCAGCGCAGAUGUCGAUCGUCUUCGAAAGUAUGCUGAGCGUAUCGGAGAACGUCGCAACACUGAAGGUAGUGAUCCUUGCAAACUGAACCCAUCUCGCUGGCUUCCAAGAUCACGGUCAAGUUCGCGAAGUCCUUCAACCGAACGAAAGUCCUCGCAAGCAGAAAAGCUCAGUCCGGGUGCCAAUGAUAAGCUGGACCCCACCUGGCCAGAGCCAGCGUCUCCGAAAAAAUUGUCUCCCAGCGUAGAAUGUCGUCGCAUGCCGAGUUUCGAAGAAGAAACGCGAGUAAUUAAACCCACUUGCAGAAGUAUGAGCUCCGACGUCGAUUCAAGAGAUCGGCGGAUUGAUCGUCGGAAUACUGAAGUAGGUCAUGAAAAAAUUUUGUCUUUUCGUUGGGUACCGAUUCCCAAAAUCAGCGAUCCCUCAGAUCCGCCAAAAAUUGCCAACAGACUCGCUAAAAAUGCUGCUACAAAGUGGAUGACUUUUGCUAAGUACCAACUGCCCUCUAGUUUGCCUCGGCAGAGUUUAUCCGUCGAGCGCAAAGCUUCAAUGCAGCUGCAAGAGACACCCAAGUGGCCAGUUCGUAAAUUUCAUUCAGAAAACUCUAAAAGCGAGAACGACAAUGAAUUUCUUAACGAGCUGCCCAAGAAACUGGAUCCCAUUGACAAAAUAGCGCGAAUCAGCCAACGUAUUCGCGAGCUCUACGACUUCAAAACGGAAAACGAGUGGCCGAAAAGAGCCUCCGAUGCUUCAAAUGCUUACACCUGGAUCAGCAACAGCAGCGAAGAUGACAAACAUGACAAAAAUACCGAAGUCGUGCGUCGCAACAGCCAAGACCUUGAGUUCAACGACAGAACGACUCGGCCAAAAAUCCGAAGGCAGAAUUGCGAAAACGAAAUCCUUGAUGAAGACAAUAAUUCAGAUGCAAAAUUGAAGCGUUUAAAUGAACGUCUGAGAUUCAGCGAAGAUUUUACACCCGAACACAAACCGAUUGCCCCGGAAAGAAGAACCGUUUCAGAUGAUUAUGAAACGAGAAAUCGCCACAGCUGGCAUGUAGAAAAAUCAACCAUCGGCAAUCUUCCCUCAAAUAUAGAUACCGUUUCUUCUAACAAUAAUUGCAGCAAGAAAAGAGAUUCAGACGUCAGUGUGAGCACUAAGUCACGAAGCUCGAGAUCAAGUUACGCAGAAGUAAUUUCCAAACGCACGAGCGACGCAAGUUAUGUCAGUAUCGGUAAGUGCCCAAGUGUCGAAACAAAAUCCUCGGACAAAAUAAUCGAAUUACCACCGAGACGGGCGAUGAGUCAGGGCGAGGAACGUCCAGCAACUCCGGUCCCACCUAACGAUGAAAUCAACGAUGAUCUACCGUCCAAGUUGAUGAUGUUGAGAUCCAAGCGCAAGAGCACUAGGUACAAAGUUUAUCUCACAUAAUUAAGUCUAUUAAAUAUAUAAAUAUAUAAAUAAAUAAAUUAAAUUUUAAAUAAAAAAUUACUAUAUAUGUACAUGUACACUGAGCGGAAGCUACAGUAUCUGUAUUAAAUUGCACA